CGACAGCUGCUUGGCGUCCAGCACAACUUUGCCAGCCUCACGCAGAUCGCCGAUGACGUGCGCUCAAUUCGCAACACGAUUCAAGCGCUCGUCCUUGCGUUCGAGGACGCCGAGCAGCACCUCAUACUACUUGACGCCCACUUUGCGUCGCAGCAGCAAACCGAGCUAGAGCAGUACGAGCACACGCUUCUAGUGCAGAAGGACAUUCGCACGCGCCAGCGCCAGGAAGAGCGGCGAAGGGCCCUCGGGGAUGCCUUUGAGAAGGACCUCAAGACGUACCAAGCGCUCAUAACAUACCAGGGCCACGCGCCCACACGCCCAAAAGCAGCCUACUAG